CUAGGAUAUUCAUAUCUCGCCAUUUGUAUCAGUUCCUUUUCGGUGAUCGGUUUCGUUAUAUUACAAUCUGUUACCUCGUGAUGCAAUCACAUUUAAAAGAAAUACAAAUUCACGUGUUGUCGCUUUUAUCACUUAGUACCAGCCAACUUACCGUAUUACGGUAAUAACUAUAAAAUCGCAAAUAAACGACUGUUUGUACGUUCGUUUCAUAAACACAGGGUGUCUCAAUAAUCACGGUAAAAAUGGCAAGGGAGUGAUCCUACGUGAAGAGAUGUCUUGGCAAAGGGUUUGCCUCGCUGUUGGACUGUUCGGUGUCCUGUUGUUGCUGACGAAUGCAGACAACAGCGUGCACAUUCUGUCAAAGUAUCAGCAAUUGGUCACCUCGACCGCUCUGAACUGGCUUCCCCGUGCUUACUACGAUUCAUCCAAGGAAAUAGUCAUCGGCGGUUUUGCGAUCGAAGAAUCAGAAGACAACUCGUUCAACAAUCAAGCGGAGAAAUCGGAGAGAAGAAGGCCCCUGUACGUAUGCAGAGUACUGCACACGGCCGUCUGGGUGGCUGGCACUCAGAAGGGUGACGAUCAACGAUGCACAGUGACGAUUCACGGUAACGUGCAGUCGUACGACAAAUACGACCUGUUAGAAAAUGUGGAUAGUGCAGCCCGCGUCAACUGGGAGCACUGGGACAAAUACAAGAACACACCGGUUGGUGCCGUGGCUAUGGAGAAGAUGUUCAUUGCGCGCCAUCCGGCGAAAACUGACAAAAAUACGUCAUCGCCGAGAUACACCCAUUAUAUCGGCACCUUGAAUAAGCGUAUUCUUGGGAGUAUCAGCUACGUCAAAGACGAUGGUACCGAAGAAACCGCAAAGGAUGGUGAUGUCCUAGUCGAGACGGAACCGACCUCCUACGAUUUGGAAAACGUUAAAUUGAAUUGGCCUAAAAUGCGAGUGGUUAAUCGUACAUCCCUUGAACUUGACAACGCGACUAUCAUUAAUGAUGGAACGGAAAAUGCGACAAUAGCGAAAGCUUUUGGUUACAAGUACAAAUAUUCCAUUUACUGGGGUCAAGGCCAUGCCAUACUAAAAGGCUUAAACACAUUAAUUAAAUUGACGAACGGUACGGCUUUGUCGAAUAUAAUGUGGGGCACAAAGGAAACUAGCAAUAAUACCGACAUAUACACGGUAAAAAUUAAUCUCCUGCCCGGUACAGGAAUAAACGUGAGUCUGGUAGCGAACUACACCUCCAUGGAGGUACCCUAUUCCGGAAAAUUAAUUUCCCAUUACGAGGAUGGAGAGACGAGGUCUCGCCAGAUAAGCGGCAUUCGCGCCGAAGAGAGCAUGUUCGAUGUAAAACCCAUAUUCGGACCCAUUUAUUUCCUUGCCAAUUAUAGUCUAGUUCCUACCACCACCAUACCACCUACCACGGAACCGAGCACCACCGCAACCCCGCAGAACGUAAGCAACGACGUUCGACAGGACUACGGUACGGAAGAGAGCGAGCAUCAUGAUGAGAACAUGAUCAUACCACGGAAGAAAUCGGAUCUGUCUAACAUGCAGAGCGAUGACGGUGGACCGUUGUCGCUGAAGAACAAGGUAGAGGUGACGUACUCCGGAGCGUCGUCUCUUCUUAGAUUAAACGUAGGAUUGCCUUUAUUAAUUUCGUUACUGACGGUGGUCAAUAAAAUUACGUGAAAAGAUCAAUGAUUCCGAGAGUAUCCUAAGCCCUAAGUUGCAAUAGUAAUAUAUUCGUAGAGGAAAAAAAAUAAUGUCCAGAGAUUAUCACAAAACGCAGACAAAAAAAAAUCGUAAAAAAAAGACAAAAAAGGAAAUAGCGAAAAAAAGGUAAAAAAAAAAAAAAAAUAGAUGAAUUGAAUACAAAUACACACAAGAUGUUGCUGUAAUUUCGUACAUAUAGCCCAGUAUGUAACGAAAUUAAAAAAAGCUACCUUGGUUAUAAAUCGCUGAUCAAGUCAGACCGCGAUGUCAACGCUGACAUAAUGCUUGCCUUUCGAAGAUGAAUAAAAAAAAAUACUUCAUAUUUAAUAUAUAUAUAUAUAUAUAUAUAUAUA